AUUUGACGUAGAAACGAAAGUAAAAAUAAUAUUAUUACACUCAUGGAUGUAAAACCAACAGAGAAUAGAAGGAUAAAUUAUUAAUUAAUAUACGACGAAAUGAAGGGUAUUACUAUAUUACUGUUGUCGAUAGUUGGCAUUUUUCAUGUCGAUGGGAUGCCAGUAAAUGAAGGAUAUGCGGAUAGCAAUGGGUACGUGACAUUGGGUACAGAUCCGGAAAAUGGGCCACUGGGUGCGAGACCUGAAGAUGAACCAAUGGGUAAAGGGCCUGACGAUGGACCAAUGGGUGGAGGACCUGAAGACGGACCAAUGGAUGAAGGGCCUCAAGAUAAUCCGAUGGGCGGUGGACCUGAAGAUGGUCCGAUGGAUGGAGGACCUGAAGACGGACCAAUGGGUGGAGGACCUGAAGAUGGUCCGAUGGAUGGGGGACCUGAAGAUAAUCUGAUGGGUGGAGGACCUGAAGAUGGUCCGAUGGAUGGGGGACCUGAAGAUGGACCAAUGGGUGGGGAACCCGAAGAUGGUCCGAUGGAUGGAGGAUCUGACGAUGGACCAAUGGGUGGAGGACCUGAAGAUAAUCUGAUGGGUGGAGGACCUGAAAAUGGUCCGAUGGAUGGAGGACCUGAUGGACCAAUGGGUGGAGGACCUGAAGAUGGUCCGAUGGAUGGGGGACCUGAAGAUGGACCAAUGGAUGGAGGACCUGAAGAUGGACCUAUGGGUGGAGGACCUGAAGAUGGUCCGAUGGAUGGGGGACCUGAAGAUGGACCAAUGGAUGGAGGACCUGAAGAUGGACCUAUGGGUGGAGGACCUGAAGACGGACCAAUGGGUGGAGGACCUGAAGAUGGACCAAUGGGUGGAGGACCUGAAGAUGGUCCGAUGGAUGGAGGACCUGAAGAUGGACCAAUGGGUGGAGGACCUGAAGAUGGUCCGAUGGAUGGAGGACCUGAAGACGGACCAAUGGGUGGAGGACCUGAAGAUGGUCCGAUGGAUGGAGGAUCUGAAGAUGGACCAAUGGGUGGAGGACCUGAAGAUAAUCUGAUGGGUGGAGGACCUGGAAAUGGUCCGAUGGAUGGAGGACCUGAUGGACCAAUGGGUGGAGGACCUGAAGAUGGACCAAUGGGUGGAGGACCUGAAGAUGGUCCGAUGGAUGGAGGACCUGAAGACGGACCAAUGGGUGGAGGACCUGAAGAUGGUCCGAUGGAUGGAGGAUCUGAAGACGGACCAAUGGAUGGAGGACCUGAAGAUGGACCUAUGGAUGGAGGACCUGAAGAUGGACCUAUGGGUGGAGGACCUGAAGAUGGUUCGAUGGAUGGGGGACCUGAAGAUGGACCAAUGGGUGGAGGACCUGAAGAUGGUCCGAUGGAUGGAGGAUCUGAAGAUGGACCAAUGGGUGGAGGACCUGAAGACGGACCAAUGGGUGGAGGACCUGAAGAUGGUCCGAUGGAUGGGGGACCUGGAGAUGGACCAAUGGGUGGAGGACCUGAAGAUGGACCAAUGGGUGGAGGACCUGAAGACGGACCAAUGUAUGGAGGACCUGAAGAUGGACCAAUGGGUGGAGGACCUGAAGACGGACCAAUGUAUGGAGGACCUGAAGAUGGACCAAUGGGUGGGGGACCUGAAGAUGGUCCGAUGGAUGGAGGACCUGAAGACGGACCAAUGGGUGAAGGACCUGAAGAUGGUCCGAUGGAUGGAGGACCUGAAGACGGACCAAUGGGUGGAGGACCUGAAGAUGGACCAAUGGGUGGAGGACCUGAAGAUGGUCCGAUGGAUGGAGGACCUGAAGAUGGACCAAUGGGUGGAGGACCUGAAGAUGGGCCAAUGGGUGGAGGACCUGAAGAUGGACCAAUGGGUGGAGGACCUGAAGAUGGGCCAAUGGGUGUAGAGCCUGAAGAUGACUCCAUUAACAAUGGAAAUGAUGGUGGUAUAUUUGAAAGAAAUGGUGACGAUGACGAUGAUAAGAAUGAAAAUGAUGACGGUGGUAUAUUCGGAGGAAAUAGUGAUGAUGACAACGAUGAAAAUGGAAACAGUGACGAUGACGAUGAUAAGAAUGAAAAUGAUGACGGUGGUAUAUUUGGAGGAAAUAGUGAUGAUAACAACGAUGAAAAUAGAAACAGCGGUAACGACGAUGAUAAGAAUGAAAGUGAUGACGGUGGUAUAUUUGGAGGAAAUAGUGAUGGUGACUCCGACGAAAAUGGAAACGGUGACGAUGACGAUGAUAAGAAUGAAAGUGAUGACGGUGGCAUAUUUGGAGGAAGUAGUGACGAUGACGAUGAUAAGAAAGAAAAUGACGACGACGGUAUAUCUGGAGGAAAUAGUGAUGGUGACUCCGACGAAAAUGGAAACGGUGACGAUGACGAUGAUAAGAAUGAAAAUGAUGACGGUGGUAUAUUUGGAGGAAAUAGUGAUGAUAACAACGAUGAAAAUGGAAACGGUGAUGACGACGAUGAUAAGAAUGAAAGUGAUGACGGUGGCAUAUUUGGAGGUAGUAGUGACGAUGACGAUGAUAAGAAAGAAAAUGACGACGGCGGUAUAUCUGGAGGAAAUAGUGACGGUGACUCCGACGAAAAUGGAAACGGUGACGAUGACGAUAAUAAGAAUGAAAAUGAUGACGGUGGUAUAUUUGGAGGAAAUAGUGAUGAUGACAACGAUGAAAAUGGAAACGGUGAUGACGACGAUGAUAAGAAUGAAAGUGAUGCCGGUGGCAUAUUUGGAGGUAGUAGUGACGAUGACGAUGAUAAGAAAGAAAAUGACGACGGUGGUAUAUCUGGAGGAAAUAGUGAUGGUGACUCCGACGAAAAUGGAAACGGUGACGAUGACGAUGAUAAGAAUGAAAAUGAUGACGGUGGUAUAUUUGGAGGAAAUAGUGAUGAUGACAACGACGAAAAUGGAAACGGUGAUGAUGACGAUGAUAAGAAAGAAAAUGACGACGGUGGUAUAUCUGGAGGAAAUAGUGAUGAUGACUCCGACGAAAAUGGAAACGGUGACGAUGACGAUGAUAAGAAUGAAAAUGAUGACGGUGGUAUUUUAGGAGGUGAUGAUGCCGAUGAUUCCAAUAACAGUGAUUCAGACAGUGCUAAAGAAACUUCCGAAAGUAGUACAGACAAUAGUGGAUCUCAGGUCGAGACGUCAGAUCCAAUUGGUGAUCAAUCUUACACUGUCAACAUUACAAGAGCUUCUUCAACUUCGAGCGAAAAUGACUUGGUCCAGUCAUCGGACGUGCCAAACAAAAAGUCAUUUAUCAAAUAUCUCCAAUCAAUGACUGACGAAAACGCGUUAUUAAUUAUGAAAGCCAACAUCAGUGUAGAUGACGUCGAAAUCUACGAUUCUACUACUAAAAACGACUUGACCAAUGUUUGCGAUACUUCAUAUCCCGCCGGAUCUGUCGCAGCAAACAUCAAGACAAUUCUUUCUACUACUAUCAUGGCCGGUGCCGAAUGUCCGAUUCAAAAGAACGCAUAUCGUACUGUUCCAUACGAAUUGGAUCCUCUCACUCUCGAGUUCAAGAAUCCAUUACCAUGCGGCAAUUAUUUGAUGGAUGUAACUCUCGAUACUCCUGAGAAAAUGAGAGCCCUUGAUUUAACUUUUAGUUGGACGAUACCCGUUAGUCCAAAUUGUCUAACAGAGCCCAUGAUGCUUAAAUCAUAACAAGCUAUUUUUAUUCUUUAAUCAAACGUCAAAUUAUAUAUAUCUUUCCAUUCAAACGUAAACAUCAACUGUUCAUUUUUAUAGGUGGUAGCAAUUCAUCAACUAAUUAUCUUACUGCGCUUAUUAUUACUUACGUAAUGUUAACUGAUAAUUAUAUAAGGUUGAAGUACCGUUUAUGGCCACUGCUCUAUUUUUGAACAUUUUGAUACUUUAUUUUAAUCAAUGAAAAAGUAUAAAAAAAACUUGGAUUGUAAUGGUGUUGUGAAAGUAUCUUUAAACACAUUUUAAAAAUUGAUUAGGAGAGAGUUGGGGGGGGGGGGGUCAAAACGUUGUACUUAAGGAAAUACUAAGUUCUCGCAAAAAUUUCAUUAUUUGAGGGCAAAAUGAGGUACCCCCUAAAUAUCCUGAUUAAACAAAACGUUUUUCAAGUGUCCAAAACUGGCUCUCAAGUGGUCAGAAAUGGCACUUCUACCCUAUUAUUCGUAAUUAUUCAUACAAAAUAAUGUAAUACCUUUAAGUAACCAAAAUUUCUAUUUUCUAUUAAACAAUCGUCUUUAUUUUAUCAAUAAGAAAAUAAAUUAAAUUACCCAG